UCACAGUUUUGUUUUGCUGGCUGAAAUGCAUAAAUUGUUUACUUUCAGUCGAUUUAAGAGCUGCAGAGAUUUAUUUAGGAGCGCAACGAAAUUUUCUUUGAGUGCGGCACAUUAUGCGGACACAGAGCAGAGUGAAGCACCGAGCAUACUGGUCGAAAAAGAUGCCAACAUCACAUUAAUCGGCAUCAACAGGGAGCAGCAGCGGAAUUCCAUUAAUGCAGCCACAGCGGCACAGCUGAGCGAAGCCAUCCAUCAAUUCGAGGUAGAUGACACAUCACCUGUGGGCGUGCUAUACGGCGUGGGUGGCUCCUUCUCAGCUGGAUAUGAUCUGAAAGAACUGGAAGCGGAGGCGCAACGCGGCAGUCUUGACUUUCUGUUGCGCCAUGAGGGCUCGGUGGGUCCGACUAGACGGCACCUACGCAAACCCAUUAUAUGCGGCAUCAGCGGCUUUUGUGUGGCCAGCGGUCUCGAAUUGGCCUUGCUCUGUGACCUGCGCGUCAUGGAAGACACAGCGGUAUUAGGCUUUUUCAAUCGUCGGUUGGGUGUGCCGCUCAGCGACGGCGGCUCUGUGCGCCUAGCAGCUGCCGUUGGCUACUCGAAUGCUGUAGAUAUCAUAGAGACGGGUCGAAGAGUGUAUGCAAAUGAGGCGCUACGCAUUGGCCUGGUCAAUCGAAUCGUGGCCACAGGCACAGCCCUAGGACAGGCCGUCAAUUUAGCCUUCUCCAUUGCCAAGUUUCCCAUGGCCUCGCUGCAGCACGAUCGAAAUGCGACGCUGGAAAAUGCGAAUGUCUACGCACGACCCGGCUUCGGUGCAGCCAUCAACAAUGAGAUAAUGCAAGUCUCUGCGUCCAUGGUGGAAGACAUGCAAGAGGGCGUCAAGCGCUUCAAGACAUCUGAAACAAAAGGUCCCAAAACGAAUGCCUGGAACAUAAAGGAGAAGUCCAUACCCGAUUGGGAGAAAGCUGAAAUCGAAAUAGAGCAACGAAAGGGAAAGGCAUAAA